ACAAACCAUAUAGCACGUACGGAUAACUCCAGCCGUCUUGUCUUUGCCCAUUUCAUGAUCGGAGUCGUGAGCAAUCGCGGUAGUGCCUCUGACUAUGACGAUGACAUGAAACGUGCAAAAUCUCUUGGAAUUGAUGCCUUUGCUUUGAACAUCGGUGUGGAUCCGUAUACGGAUGCACAGUUACAACUAGCCUACCAAUCAGCUGCCAAUAACGAGAUGAAGGUGUUCAUUUCCUUCGAUUUCAACUGGUGGCAUGCGGACUCACAGGCUGCUGAAAUUGGACAGAAAAUUAAGCAGUAUGCCGCUCUGCCCGCCCAGCUUAAGGUCGAUGGGAAAACCUUUGUUUCCUCGUUUGCUGGAGAUCAGCUGGAUGUGGCCACAAUGCGGUCUUCGGCAGGAGAGGAGCUUUUCUUUGCCCCAAACUUUCAUCCGGAGAUGAAGACGGACUUUAGUAAGAUUGACGGAGCGCUUAAUUGGAUGGCUUGGCCGAACAAUGGAAACAACAAGGCCCCUGAUGCAACUGGAAAUGUGACCGUCCAGGAAGGAGACCAGGCAUACCUGAAAGCCCUAGGUGAUAGCAACUACAUUGCCCCCGUGUCUCCCUGGUUUUCGACGCACUUCGGCCCGGAGGUAUCCUAUAGCAAGAACUGGGUUUUCCCAUCCGAUAUCCUCUGGUUCGAGCGAUGGAACGAGAUCCUACAGCUUAAACCUCGCUUCAUUGAGGUUGUUAGCUGGAAUGACUACGGCGAGUCUCACUACAUCGGACCUUUACACUCACCCCAUACCGAUGACGGCUCUUCCAAGUGGGUCAAUGAUAUGCCUCACGGAGGCUGGAUGGACAUGGCCAAACCCUUCAUUUCUGCUUAUCAUGAUGGCGCCGAGACUGUCGACAAAUACAUUACCAACAACGAGAUCUACUACUGGUAUCGACGCACCCCUCGUAACCUCAAUUGUGAUGCCACCGACACCACCAUGCAGCCAGCCAACAACCAGUCUGGGAACUACUUCGAAGGCCGCCCUAACGGGUGGGAGACAAUGACCGACUCCGUCUUCGUGGUGACGAUGCUAACAAAGGCCGGCUCUCUUACCGUGACUUCAGGAAAUCACUCGAAGACUUUCGACGCCGGGACUGGGGCAAAUGUCUUCUCAGUUGACAUGGGGCUUGGCAAGCAAUCCUUUUCACUUACCCGGGCCAGCAAAACGGUACUAAGCGGCGACUCUCCCAUGGAUAUUGCGGAUGUUUGUCCUUGUGGCCUAUACAAUUUCAAUGCGUAUGUUGGAAGCUUGCCAAGUCAGGCACCUGACGCGCUGCAGUCAACUGGUCUGCAGGCGUUUAUGCAGGGUCUGAAAGUGUCUACUUGUUUGCCUACUCCGACUCUUGGGGCUUCGACUCGGUCCGCUGUAGCACAAGCAAUUCAGACUUCCUAAGGUGCUCGGUUAUAGAGCAUGACUUUCGAAGGAUUGGUCAGCAAUGUCGUAUAGUUAGUUAGUUGGUUGGUUAACUAGUUAUUGUUGAAUAUAUGGGGAGAAUGAUGUUGCAUGCUUUUUAACUACCC